AUCUGGGGAAAAUGACACAGCGUAAUCUGUCAACUAGCCCCGCUGUGUCCCACUGUACCGCCGUUUAGUUGUGUUAUUGUUAGCGUUUUUGUUUUGGACACAGCGAUAAUAAAAUACUCUGCUAUAGAAAACCAUGAAAGUAUUUCUAGCUGACGCCGUCGAGUGAAUUCUCCCGUGUUGUUUUUGAAGUGACUCUUGGCUGUUUACAAAAUUGUCGCGAGCUGUCGGGAUAUAAUUGUAACCCUACCUGUCGGUACAGUACAGCAUUCUGCACACUUCAGACUGUGCAAGCUACAAUUAUACAAGAUCUAUGGCUUAUCUUCCUAAAACAACGGAUGCCCGGCUACAGCGCCCCCACGCGGCUGCGGUGUGCUUGUUGUUGUGCUCCCUGACUUGUGGACUGUCCAUCCCAGACCCCAAGCAGAGAGAGGCUCUUGUAGAGCUAGAGGCGUCCAUGCAGACAGGAGGGCAGAUGGUGCUGACUGAUGCUGAGCAGCUGCUGGACACCCACCUGUUUAAAAUGAAGCAGGAGGAGAUGGCAAGAGCAGACUUUCCUCCUGCCAUGCAUUUUUUCAGGGCCCGAAACCUAAUCAGGACCAGCGCCAUCUUCAGUUUGAUGCAGAAGAUGCCCAAAGGCGGCGCUCUGCACGUCCACGACUUUUCUAUGGUAGAUGUGGAGUGGCUGGUGAAGAACGCCACGUAUCGGCCACACUGCUAUAUGUGCUGUACUGACAAGUCCAUCAGAUUCAUCUUCUCGCCUCAGAGGCCCACACCUCUGCCACAUUGCUCCCCCUGGAUCCUGCUGGAAAACCUCCGGGCCAAGAUGAUCAACACCACAGAUCUAGACAACAGCAUCACGCGUAACCUGACGCUCUUCACCGACAAGGAUCCAGAGGCAGCGUACCCCAAUCAGGAUGUCGUAUGGGACAGGUUUGAACAGACCUUCCUUGCUGUGUGGGGUUUGGUCACGUAUGCUCCUGUGUUCAGAGACUAUUACUACCAAGGCCUCACACAGUUCUACGAGGACAACGUCAUGUAUCUGGAACUGCGGGCUCUUCUUCCAGAGAUCUAUGAGCUGGAUGGUAGCACGCAUGGCAGAGCCUGGACUCUGAAGACCUACCAGAACAUCACCAGGCAGUUCACGGAAAAGCACCCAGACUUCUUUGGAACGAAGAUCAUCUUCACAGUCCACAGAGGCGUAAACGAGUCAGUGAUGGCUGCAGCUGUGGAGGAAGCUAUGCAACUGCGGAGAGAUUUCCCCGAUGUUUUGGCUGGUUUUGACCUGGUGGGUCGGGAGGAUAGAGGAAGACCGCUGUGGUAUUUCAGAGAAGCCCUGUCACUGCCUGCUGAGAAAGGAAUCACACUUCCGUACUUUUUCCAUGCUGGAGAGACAGAUCUGGAGGGCACCGAGGUGGACCAGAACCUGUUGGAUUCUUUGCUUUUGAACACGUCGCGCAUCGGACAUGGAUUUGCGCUACUUCGCCAUCCGGUGGCCAAAGAGCUGUCCAGGAAGAAGGGGGUAGCUGUGGAAGUGUGUCCCAUCUCCAACCAGGUCUUGAUGCUGGUGAAGGAUUUGCGAAACCAUCCGGCAGCUGUACUGAUGUCAGAAAAUCACCCAGUGGUCAUCAGCUCGGAUGACCCCGCCAUGUUUGGUGCUUCCGGCCUCUCUUACGACUUCUACCAAGCUUUUGUGGGGUUUGGAGGCAUUAAAUCACAUAUAGGUUCCCUCAAGCAGUUGGCUAUAAACUCUAUCAGGUAUAGCUCUUUGACCGCAACGCAGCAGAAGAAGGCCUUAGCUCUGUGGGAGAGAAGAUGGAAUAAGUUCGUGUCUGAAAAUGACUUUUAAAAAAAAAAGAAACUAACAUUUUAUUCUCCACCUGAAAUGCAAACCACACUUUAAUAUUUCUGAUAA